AAGCGGGGUCUCCCCUGGUCCCCCGAGGUCCUCCUCUGUCCCAGCGUGCUGGAGCCCACACCUAGCCCCGACUGCCUGGUCCUCACCAUCCUGGAAGUGCCAGAGGACGUGGCCCCACCGGAGGGCCUGGGCAGGCUGGAGGUGGUGCGGCUGGACCACCCUGCGAGCCCGGGCCCGCUGCCCUGCCCUGGGCAGAAGUGCCGCUCCUGGGGGUGGCGAGCUGUCCCCCGCUUCAUCCUGGGCGUCCUCUGCCUCCUCUACUUCAGCUCCCUGCCCUUCGGCAUCUACCUCCUGCUCAUUGAGCACCACAGCCUGGGCAUCGUCCUGGUCAGCCUCGUGCCCUCCACCCUCCUCCUCUGCAUCGUCUACAGCCUCUGCCAGUGUCUGUGCCGGGAGGUCUUUGGGUUCCCCCACUCCUGA